AUGCUCGUGCUACGUUGUGCCCUGUUCGCGGCACUCCUCGCCGCAGCCGCCGCCGCCUGGCAGGAGAACGUCAGGCCCAAGGUCUUCGCCCAACUAGUCUGCAUUGCGGGGGACAGCCACGUGGCUCUCAUUAGAGGUAUACAAAGCGGAGCAGUUUGUUCUGCGUUUUGCAAUGUUACCUACGCUCGGAUUAGCGAGCCACGCGAUGCUUAA